GUCCUGUACCAGAGUUACGUAUUUACUGCCAUCUGUCAAAAUGAAGGUCGUCUGGGAAAGAUUGAUUCGCUUCGUUGCAACCGACGGUCGUGUUCUGCGUGGGGAGCCGCUUCUGCCAACUUCCGAUUUCGACCUCGGCAAUACUACGGAAGAGACUCAAUUGAAAGCCAAAGUCAUCACAGGGACCGAUCCGUAUGACAUCUCGGGAAAGACAAUGGUCACGAAUGAGGUGGUGACAGUGAGGAAGUUGCUUGGUCCUCUUGCGCCAGAGGAUACAGACAUCCUGAGAUGUGUAGGCUUGAACUACGCGAAGCAUAUCAAAGAGGCUGGAAGAAGUCCGCCGCCCUUCCCGUUCAUAUUCUUCAAGCCUACGACAUGUGUUGCCGAUCACGGCUCUGACGUUUUGAUCCCAAAAAUUGCACAAGACGACCAGGCGGACUACGAGGGUGAACUGUGCCUGAUCAUCGGCAAAGACGCAAAGGACGUUUCCCGCGAGGAAGCCUUGAACUACGUAGCCGCAUACACAGCAGGAAACGACAUCUCCUCCCGAAAGUUACAACGAGAUCCAGCUUUCGCAGGCCGAAUCCCACAGUGGGGCUUUUCCAAAGGUUUUGAUACUUUUGCCCCGCUGGGUCCCUGCCUUGUCAAUUCGGAAUUGAUCGGAGACCCGGCAGAGUUGUUACUCAAGACUGUGGUUGAUGGUCAUGUGCGGCAAGAUGAAACGGUCAGAGAUCUGCUUUUUGACUGUGCAUAUUUGAUAUCGUAUCUGUCUACUGGGACUACUUUGAGGAAGGGCAGUGUCAUCAUGACUGGAACGCCAGGAGGGGUUGGUGCAGGGCUAACUCCUCCACAAUUCUUGCUUCCAGGGACUGUAAUGGAGGUUUCGAUCAGUAAGAUUGGCACACUACGUAACGGAGUCAAAUUUGCAUAAUCAUGUGUUGGUAGAGCGGACCAGAUUAGACAGGUGUCCAAUUGAAAUCUACCAAUAAGCUUACACAGGUG